AUGGAAAAUCCCGAAGAACUGGUCACUAGGACGCCACCCGUUGUCGACCCGACUUCUCAACCUAUUCACCGAGCAUCAACUGUCAGCUCGCUACAUCACAAUCAAUUUGACGAUUCCUUCCUCUCGAGGCAUGAUCUGAACAUCUCUGCUUUUUUCUUGUGCAAAAGAGAAGACCACAUAGGUCAAGUUUCUCGACACCCUUUACGAGAGGAGGAUGUCGAGAUCCAUACUUGGGAUGGCCCGGAUGACCCCGAAAACCCUUUUAACUGGAGCAAAACCUAUAAAUGGGUGUUGACAUUGACAGUGUGCUUCAUAUCCAUUCUCACAGGUCUCCCUGCCGGAUCAUAUGGUGCUGGAAAUAAUUAUAUGGAGCAGCGCUUCCACGUUCAAAAUGUACCAUUCCCGAAUCUCGCAUGGGCUACAACUUCUUGGAACAUGGGCGCCGCCUUCUGGCCCCUUAUCUUCGUCCCUUUGACAGAAUCAACAGGCCGGAUGCCAGGAUACUUUAUCGCUUAUUUCAUCCUCGUUGUAUCCUUGUUCCCAUCAGCGUUUGCACAGAAUUUCGCAACCUUGGUAGUCACCCGAUUCUUUGGUGGUGGUGCUUCAUCGGUCAGCAUCAAUAUUGUUGGCGGAAGCAUUAGUGACGUCUGGUAUGGCGAUGAGGCUCGGAGUUUACCAAUGUCACUAUUCGGGUUCACAAGUGUGAUUGGAAUUGCUUUAGGGCCAUUCAUUGGUGGUGCAAUUCAGACUAUCCACAAGUCGGACCCGUGGAGAUGGAUCUUUUAUAUUCAGAUCAUAUAUAACGCUGCAUUGAUCCCGGUAUUCUGGUUGAUCCUUCGCGAGACUCGUGCAGAUGUUAUUCUGAAGAAACGUGCGAAAAAGCUUCGCGAGAAGACCGGAAAACCGAUCUACGCAGAAGCCGACCUGGACACGACGAGUGUCUGGAAAUUGGUCCAAGUAUCAUUCGAGCGACCGACCCGAAUGCUUCUAACCGAACCCGUCGUCACGUUCUUCACCUUGUGGGUCAGUUUUGCAUGGGGAAUUCUUUACUUAUUCUUCUCGAGCGUUUCGCAGACAUACGGCCACAAUUAUGGGUGGGGAACUUUCACUACAGGCCUCGUCCAGCUCGCUAUCUCCGUCGGUGCAGUAAUUGGCACAGUCUUCAAUCCCAUCCAGGACUGGAUUUACCUCCAAUCUGCCAAGAGAAAUAAGGAGCGACCCGGUCGGCCAAUCCCCGAAGCUCGUUUAUAUACCUCAAUCCCUGGAAGCUUGCUUUUUGCGGGUGGUCUAUUCUGGUACGGGUGGGGAAGUGUUGGAAAUGGAUCUAUCCACUGGAUUGUCCCCACCCUUGGUAUCGGAUGUGCGGGCGUGGGAAUAUAUAGCAUUUAUAUGGCUGUUGUGAAUUAUCUCACUGAUGCUUAUGAGAAGUAUGCUGCCUCAGCUCUGUCGGCUGCUUCAUUGGGUCGGAACACAUUUGGCGCAUUUUUGCCCCUUGCAUCUUACGAAUUGUUUGAUACACUGGGCUAUGGCUGGGCUGGCACAUUGCUGGGGUUUAUUGGCCUCGCUCUUUCCAUUGUCCCGGUGGUUUUGGUACUCAAGGGUCCAGAUAUUAGACGCCGCAGUCCAUUCAUGCGCGAGUCGAUGUUUGACUCGGGGGCCAAUGACUCGGAGGAAAUGGAGAAGCCUGAUGUCUAG